AUGGCCGCCCAAACCCUCGCCCCCAUCGCCCAAAGCGCCUUCUCCCAAGCCUCUGCCUACGACAAAAACCGGCCAGUCUACACCUCGACCGAAGCCGAUGCGCUUCUCACUCUGAUCGGACUCAAUGGCCGCCAUGGCGCACGCGUAGUCGAUCUCGGCGCGGGUACGGGCCUUUUUACUGAGGCACUGGCAGCGCGCGCCGAAGAGUUUGAUAUUGUUGCUGUUGAUCCGCAUGAUGAUAUGCGCGGGGAGUUGGAGGGGAAAGCGCUUCGAGGGGUGACGGUGAAGAAAGGGUGGGGGAGUGAGAUUGCGGUCGAGGAUGGGAGUGUGGAUGCUGUAUUUGCGGCACAGGCGUUUCACUGGUUCGCCAAUUUGGACGCUUUGAAAGAAAUCCGUCGCGUUCUCAAGCCCAAUGGCUAUCUAGCGCUUUUAUGGCAUGUCGAUGACUACAACGGAUUCCAAUCCGACAUCCCCACCACCGAAUGGGAACGCAUCAUCAAGGAGCACAUCUGGCAGCACGACGACAACGUACCUCGCUUCCGCCACGGGAAAUGGAAAGCCAUUUUCAAUGCACCUGGACAGACCUUUUUUGAGCAGCCAGUGGAGGAAAAGGACGUGCCGUUUACGUACUAUGCGGACGUGGAUGCGCUGUGGGGGAGGUUGAGGACGUACAGUCAGUUUACAAAUCUGGAGGGUGAGGAACUGCAGGCGUUGAGAGAGAAAUUUGAUGCAGCGCUGAGCUGUGACAAUGUCCCACGGAAUGAGGCUGGUGAUGUGGCCGUCCAUGGGAGGACGCAUUAUGUGUGGGCUAAGGCGAUAUAG